AACUUGAACACAUACAUUGCCCAGUUCAGAUUUAACUUUGAUUGGAGUUCGAUUUCUAUACCUUGGAUAAGAAAACGAAAAUGGCAGAUCCUUCAUCCACGGGUGGACUCACUCUGUUCUCUCCUUACAAGAUGGGCAAGUUCAACCUCUCUCAUAGAGUGGUGCUUGCGCCAAUGACGAGGAAUCGAGCGUUGAACGAACUUCCGCAGCCGGCGAUGGUCGAGUACUAUUCUCAGAGGUCAACCCCCGGUGGCUUUCUAAUCUCUGAAGGCACUUCGCCAUCAGACCAAAGCUUCGGGUUUCCACAUGUUCCUGGGAUUUACACCGAUGAACAAGUUGAGGCAUGGAAGAAGGUGGCUGAUGCUGUUCAUGCCAAAGGUGCCAUCAUUUUCUGUCAACUUUGGCAUGUAGGUCGUGCUUCUCAUCAAGUUUUUCAACCAGGUGGGAGGUCGCCAAUUUCUUCAACCAGCAAUCCCAUCUCAAAGAAGUGGAAAGUUGCGUUGCCUGAUGGGUCUCAUGACGUUCACUCUGAACCUCGACGCCUCGAGACCCAAGAAAUACCCCAGAUUGUUGAGCAGUACCGUCAGGCUGCCUUGAAUGCCAUUCGAGCAGGUUUUGAUGGAGUUGAGAUCCAUUCGGCACAUGGCUACCUCAUCGAUCAAUUCUUGAAAGAUGGGGUCAAUGAUCGAACUGACGAGUACGGUGGCUCGCUUGCAAACCGCUGCAAGUUCUUGAUACAAACUGUUGAAGCAGUAGUUGAAUCCCUUGGUGCUGAUAGAGUUGCCGUCAGAAUCUCACCAGCUAUUGAUUUCUAUGAUGCUACAGACUCCGACCCGAUUGGCCUAGGCUUGGCAGUGAUUGAAAGACUCAACAAGCUUCAACAUAACAUAGGCUCAAAGCUCGCUUAUCUUCAUGUGACUCAGCCUCGAUUGACCACCAUUAUGACGCUGGCGCCGGCAGAGCUUGAUGAAGACAGAGAAGCUCAAUUUAUGAGGACUUUGCGGGAAGCUUAUGAAGGGGCGUUCAUGGCUAGUGGAGGGUUUACUAGGGAGCUAGGAAUGGAAACUGUGUCUUCUGGUGAUGCCGAUUUAGUGUCAUAUGGCCGGGAUUUUAUCUCAAACCCUGACUUGGUGUUGAGGUUUAGGCUGAAUGCUCCCUUGAACAAGUAUAAUAGGGAGACUUUCUACACCCAUGACCCUGUAGUUGGGUACACAGACUACCCUUUUCUAAACAUAGAAAGUUGAUAGAGGAUGACCACUACCCCGUUUGAUUUUGAUGCCGCUGAAAUUGUUAUUGUUCAAUAAAACCUUUUCAUAUAGAGAAAGUAAAAAUCAAAUAAAGAUCCAAGUAAACAUUUGUACCUAU